AUGGUUCGCCACAAGUGCUGCCUCGGCCGCCUUACUCGCUUCUACAGCAGUGCCCGGUCGCCUCUCCGUGGCCUCGAUGGUUUCCUCGCAGCCUGCCUGGAUGAGGGCCUGGGCAUAGGACAGGGGGCGGUCUGAGCGUGCGUUUCCGCUUGCUCCAGCCGAUGCACCGUGAAAGGAACUGGCGAUGGGUCCCGUUGAGCUUCGUGUAGUGCUCCGCUCUUAGGCUCCACGAGGCGCACCCAUACAGGAGAGUCUCCACCACUUCAGCCUGGAGUAGCCGGAUCUUGAGCUGGCGGUUGGCCCGUCGCCUGUCGUACAUCGAAGCACUGCUCUUCCGGCGGUAGCACUUCCACGCCCGGCAGCUGCGGCUCGUGAUCUCCCGGUCGGCCUUCCCGUCCGCGGAGAUGGUACGUCCGAGGCCGGCGUUUGUUGUUGUUUGUUGUUGUUUCUCACAUUAUUAGACUAGCUCUAGUCUAUAUAUACACCACAAAUAUGGGGAGCCCGUGGUCUCAAAACCGGGCACAUACGACGCCGCGGGGAAACAAAACAAAAAUAGGGUACAAACAACUCGGAAAAAGAAAACAUUGAUAUUCGAGCACAAAUGGAGGGAUGUACUGAUGCACAUGUCUUCCAAACAUUUGACUUCGUUGGUAUGUACCCUAAUAUCCCUGUAAUACCGUUGAAGGAAAAAUCGAGGGAAGCUUUGAAAUUAAUUGUCGUUUGAACACCAAGCUGAGAGAAAUUGAUUAUCCUAAUUGAAGUUGAGAUAUUGGGCCUGAUAAUAAGACACCAUUUGUUAGAGACAUCGAGUGGUCGAAGGAAAACCCGAGCAACGUAACAUCUAGCAGAAGUCGAGCGAAUUACAUUGGAUGGGAACGGGUCUGUAAAUGGAUAGAUUUUAUUUUGGAUGAAGAAUUUUGUAUUAUUUGGGAACGGCAUGAUGUAUGUACCAACAAGCCUCUGGUAUCUUUAUGGGAACGGUACCAGCUCCCGAACUAGCGAAUAUUUUUGCGUUUAUGCAUGAAUUCGAUUUUUUGAAGGAAAUGGUGUGGAUGAGUAUUUAUUAACUGCUACACACGCUGGGACUACAUCGUUGUAUCCAUUGGUACAAAACGGUAUAUAUAUAGAUGACAUUUUUAUGGUGCGAUAUGGUAACCAGACUGGACCAACAUUUGAAGAUAUUAGAUCUAUAUAUGUAUAAGGAGGGUAAUCAAUAUGGUGGUAUGUACCCAACGAUGGUGUUAGAUUCGAAUGGUGAUGAGAUAGACAACCCCGUUCGCGUUACCCAAGAACAGUGUGGGGAAUCAGCACACUUUCUGGAUAUGCAAAUAGGGCAAGACAUUCCUGGUAAAAAUUGUAUCGGUAUGUAUAAUAAGCGCCAACAUAUGGCUACGCUGAAGCAAUAUCGGGCAUUCCCACAUUGGGAAACAGUGUUAUCUACUAGGUGUAAGAUGUCGACGUUACACUGUCAAAUGUGCCGAUUUGCUAUUAGAUGUACUGACAUUCGAUUUUUCCAAGCUGCCACAGCCAGAUUGAUAGCUGACAUGCUUGCACGUUUCUAUUAUUCUAGUCGACUUAUUUAUACGUAAUACUUUACACAAUUUCAUGUAUACCUUUUUUCGUACCUCGCCAGUGAUUGCAAACAUCAUGGGUGUAAAUGCACCUAUGGUGCGGAAUUCAUACUGACUGGAAGAAAGUGGAGUUGGGUAUUUGGAAUCGAGUAGAUACGAAUGAAUUUUUGGUAGAUUAGCCUGCGUGCGACUAUCUUUUCCUUCAUUGGGUAGUGCCCCGUUU